GUAACAGCAGCCGCACCUAAUAAACUUUCUUUGUUUGUUUGGUUGCCGGCUGAGUUUAGUUCUGGACCAAGAUUUGGGUCGGUAUCUCGAGGGCACGGUAAUCGUCCCCGGCCUCUAUCUGCGGUUAUUUUUGUAUAUCAUCAACGGCAGCACCUCUUGGAGCAGUGCAAUUUGUAACAGCAUGUUUGUUUGAACCUUUAAGUAGCUCUUCAAUGACGAGUACAAGUUCUCUGCUCUUUGCCGCCAUUAGUCUUCUCAGCUACCAAUAAUUCCCAUGGCGUCCUCAAAAGCAGGUGACCAGCCCGCCCUGCCAUCUGCAGCCGACGGUUCGGAGUCGCAGCUCCCUUUACCCCGGGCGGAGACGUCGCUACCGACUCCCGUGCGUCCUGCACCGAAACCCUCGCCUGCUGCGAGCAGUAGUUCGAGUACCAUGCGGACGUUUACGGAAGCAGUCGAUGCACUUUACGACACGGAUCCCGAACUGGCUGGCGAUUUGCCGUUUCGCGUGAAGGACCUGCGGAGGUGGAUUACUUGCUUUUGCGCUCUUGAUUUCAAUGUGGAGGUCGGACCAGAGUUUGAGUGCAUCUAUCCGGCUGUCCAUCUGUCAGAGCAAGAUCUGAAAACAAUUUGCUUCUCGUCGUUCCCUGAGCAAAGCUACGCUGAAAACACCGAGGAAUUUCACACAUUCCGCUUCAAGUGCUCGACACGAGACCUGACAUUCCCGCCGGCAGCUAAUAGCCCAAAGAUGUCUCGGGCAUAUACUAGUCGGUAUCUAUACGGUUACGUCUUAUUCCAGCAAAGAUACGACUCCACCAAGGCGCGAAACUACUCACAGAAAAGCCUGACACUGCUGUCGCCAUACGAAUUCCCCGCGCUAUUCGAGACCUGCGUGCGAAAAGCUGCGCAGUACUGUUUUAGUACCGCGCUGCUUCCCACUUUGCAAACGGCAGCAGGACACAUUGCCGCUUGGCCGGCGCCUGAAGCUCUGAUAAGUCGAUUUAGCUGGAGCAUGCAGAGCAGCGGAAGCAACGGGCAGACAAAGAAGAGACACAUUGAGCUGGCAUACCUGGGGGACAAGAUAAGGAUCCAGGCGUCUGCAGCUGAUCCAAGAGUGCCACUGGGAGAGUACAGUGAGUCUGGUAUCUUUUUAUUUGGGAAGAGUGGCUCAUGGGGUGUGCUCAUGAGGAUGCUCGAAGAUCCAGCAGAUAUAUACACGGUGUACGAGCACGUUUUACUGGGAUACUCGCUUGGCGUUUUCGCACCCACGCCGUCGUUGUGUAGCCAGUUUGUGACCAAUGCGGUUGACUUGAUCAAGCCCGUUCCGUAUACUGGUCUGAUCCGGGAAUACGUGACGAUGCACGCUGAUCUGGAGUCGAUGAACGUUUUGAGUAAGAAUCCGGUUCCGGGUAUCACAGGCUUCACCAACCCGUUCUUGUCACAAAUCGUCUCAGACUGCGACGGUGCCGUGAGUCUACUCGAUAUCUGCACGGCGGAGAAGAAGCUGGGCAUCAAACGUGCGCGAGGAAGACUGAACAACAUGCCGACGAUGAACGUCAGUUUUCUGCCGAUCCUGCCCGACUUGAUGCCUUCGACGGCAUCGACGCAGCAGAUGACGGUCGACUUACUCUACCCGGUCACCGCGACAGUGGAAUGGCAGCGGAAGUCGUUCAAGAAGCUGCUGACGGGAAUGGGAAUCUCAAAGAUCCCCACGUCGAUGACUUCCACUAAGCCAAAGCUGCUAGUCCGUGACCGGCAGUUUAUUAAGCGAGUCCGCCGAAUGAUCGCGGAUUCAAAUGCGGCGACUUCAGCUGCAGAGGCAAAGGCGAUCCAGCUGAAGAUUGACAAGUUUGUACGGUUACAUUUCGCGAAUCUGACGGCGAAGGUGAUGGCACCUGUUAAGCGGUUUCUAUUUGUCGCAGAGACAUCACCGAAGAAUUUCUCGUACGCUGAGUUUAUCUACUAUCUAUCCCAGCUGGACGGGAAGGGCGGCAGCUCGAUCAGUAGCACGACGAUGAGCGGCGAUGUACUUAAUGGUAUGAUUGAAAGCACGGGGAAGGCGGCAGUGAAAUCGGUUCACAUGUUUUCCACAUGGGGAAUGCACCAUGAAGGCAGAGAGAGCCUCUCGAAUGAAGUCAAGGACGAAGACAGGAGCGCAGGAGACGGUAUCGAGACCGCAGAGCAGGGCGCGGCGGACGAGGACGAGGAAGGGAAAGAAGAGCCGGCGGCGCAGAAGGCAAGCGCAGCCGCGAAAGCUGACCUGCAGCACGAGCUGUACGGGGAAGCGGUGCAGCCCGACAAGGAAGUGUUUGCCGGCAACGAGGGCGCGCUGCAGUUCUACACUGCCCUGCUGCGGUCGGGCAACUUCGAGGCGUGGUGUUUUGCAUAGACGGGAUGAUUAAUAAUUAGACUAAGACAUGUUCCAUAAUCCUU